AUGAUUUCGAUGAACGUUCGAUCGAUUUUCUGUGCCGUUGUCGUUUUAGCGUUGAGCCGCCAUGCUUUUUGUAAGCCUGCUUCGUACCAAGUGAACAGCGAAUUCGACGUGAAUAAUAGAAAUAAUUUAACAGCUAGUAAUUUCGCUUCUUUUGGAUAUUAUGCGAUGAAGAAAGAUGACACGGAAAGAAUCGCUGGUGGACAGUCCGCGAACCUUGGCCAGUUCCCUUUCAUGGCUGUGGUGCAUCGAUUGAUGGGGCAAGGAAUGGUUUCACAGUGCGGCGGUACUAUCAUCUCUUCUAGAUGGGUACUAACAGCAGGUCACUGUGUGCAACCUACACCUCAUACAUAUUUCGUGGUUCUCGGUAUCAUCGAUAAGUCCAUCAUACAAUACGACUUCGUGUUACAACCUGCUGUAGCGAUGAUAACAACACAGGGAUAUCUUCAUUCUGAUUACGAACCAACAUUUAACGACAUCGGUCUCCUUUACAUGCCUCAGGAUAUUCCAUUUGGAGACACAAUUCAGCCUAUUCGGCUCGCUGGAUACAACGGUGUAAUGGAAAGUUUUGAAGGUGAAGAUGCUAUCGCAGUUGGAUGGGGCAAAGACGGACCCACUGGAACAGGAACGUCGAACCUUAAAUAUACAAGUUUAUCGAUCAUGUCGAAUCAACAAUGCUCUCAGUACUGGGCAGUAACGUCGAAUCACGUGUGCACGACAGUUCAAUAUGGACAUAACACUUGCCAGGGUGACAGCGGAGGACCUCUGAUCGUGUACAAAAAUGGAGUCCCCCUACAAGUCGGAGUCGUUAGCUACGGAGACGCGAAUUGCCCCAGCGGCAAACCUGACGUGUUCACAAGAGUCACCAAAUAUGUCAAAUGGAUUCAAAAACUGACUAGCUCGAAACUUUGA